UGAGAAAAAUCCAAAUCGCCCACCCACCACCCUCUCUCUCUCUCUCUCUCUCUCUCUCUCUCUCUCAGAGUCACGGCAUAAACAUACAUAAACCACUGCAAACAACAACAUCCACACCUUAAUUCAAAUCUCUCUCUCUCUCUCUCCAACUCCAGUUGGAAAGUGACUAACCUCAACUCUAUCUUCCGCUCUUUCUUGUCUCUUAAAUAUAUAUACACAUACAUCACAAAGCACAAGUAUUUUUAAACCUCCAGUCCUAAAAUCCGUCUCUCUUCAAGAAAUGCCUUCUAAUCCUCCGAAAUCCUCUGUUUUACUUCAUCGGAUCAACAACAACGCCACUAACUCAACCAUCGCCCAGAAACGCUGGUCUCCUCUUUCUUGCGCUACACCAGUGCCAGAAACCGUCGCAUGUUAUCACAACCAUGAGUUAGGUCCCAACCAGUGCUGCUCCGCCGUCGUACAACAGAUCGCAGCCCCUGUCUCUACUGUUUGGUCUGUCGUCCGGCGAUUCGAUAAUCCUCAAGCUUACAAACACUUCCUGAAGAGCUGCAACGUCAUCGUUGGCGAUGGCGCAGUCGGUACUCUCCGAGAAGUCCACGUCAUCUCUGGACUCCCCGCUGAAAAUAGCACGGAACGGUUAGAGAUCCUCGACGAUGAGAGACACGUCAUCAGCUUUAGCGUUGUUGGUGGGGACCACCGGCUGACGAAUUACAGGUCCGUUACAACUCUCCACCCUUCUCCUACGGGUAACGGCACUGUAGUGGUGGAGUCUUACGUGGUGGAUAUUCCGCCGGGCAACACCAAGGAGGACACGUGUGUGUUUGUGGAUACCAUCGUUCGUUGCAACCUGCAGUCGCUUGCUCAAAUGGCCGAGAACUUGACCAGACGCAAUAAAUCAUCCUCGUGAGUGAUAAAUAUAAAUAUUAUUAUAUUAUUAUAUAGAUAUUAGUGUUAAAAUAUCAAAUGGUUUGGUGAUACUGAUACACCGUCGUUUUUGUGAGUAUCCGAUGUAGGUUUGCCAAUGAAACUUGAACAGCUUGUUUUUCCUUGUAAUAUUACUACUUCUGCUAUUUCUUUGUUUCUUUUUUCUCAUCAAUUUGUUAAAUAGAAAAUGAAUAAUGACACAUCC